UGCAGUACCUUAUACUUUCCUCAUCUCUUCUAAUGCCCUCACUUCAUCUCAUCUCACUCCUCCGCAACAGUGACUAAUCCAAGCCAGAAACAGCAGAUCGGUUGGCAGGAUGUCUCUGCUGCUUUGUUGUGCAGUGAUGGCUCUGCACCUCGUAAAAGGGGUGGAUGCUGCCUCGGGGGUGGUGAACACCACAGACCAGGAAGUGGUAGGGGUGGAGCCCCAGUCCCCAUGCCCAGCCGGAUGGCAUCAGAAUGGGCAUCGCUGCUUCUCCUUCUACCCCGUCUGGGCCACCUGGUCCACAGCAGAGUCGUACUGCUCCCAGCACAGAGCGAAUCUAGUGUCGGUUCACAGCCCGGGUCAACAGGUGUUUGUCCAGGACCUGGUCAGGAGACACACCGACCAGCCGGUCUGGAUGGGAGGCUACGACGCAGCUCAGGAGGGGAUGUGGCUGUGGAGUGACGGCUCAGCUGUUGACCAUUUUUACUGGGAGGAGGAUGAGCCCAGUAACUCUGGACAGGGGGAGAACUGUAUGGAGCUACACACUGGAGCUGGGCAGGGAUGGAAUGACGUGUCCUGUGGAGAGCUGAGGUUCUACGUGUGUUCGAUGGAGACAAGAUCUGGUUUAGCAGCAUUAGCAAGUCAGAAGCAAGCACACGAGAGAGAACUGGUUGAAGAGGUGAGUAUUUAUGACGUCCUGUGGGAGACCAGUAAGAGAGUAGCAGAUGAGACCCUCUACUCAGCCUUCCUUAGAGGGAUGUAUACCAGACGUCUGCCUGCCCGCUGCUACGCUGACUUCUGCCACCAGGAGGCGCUAUACCUGGACAGAGUCAUCACCAUGCUGCAGGUGCUGAUCAGAACAGUCCAGGGUCCCCCAGACAUCAUGCUGUUUCUCCAGACAACACAUCAACGCUACCAGGAGUCUCUGAUGGAGGCCCAGAACCAAACUCCACCACACCUGAACCUGUCCUCCAUCCAGCCCUCUGCAGCCGUGCGUCAGUACCUCCAGAGCUUCCAUGACAUAGUGAAUGAGGAGCCCAUCUACUGGCUGGUGUCUCUGCUGCCCAGAGCCCUGCUCAGACCUUACCUGGCACAGCACCUGCCCCUGGGAGAGAGGACCAGACCAGGCCCCAGGCCCUGCCUCUACCCCUGGCUAAGCCUCUUCCCCUGCCCCUGCUACCAGUGGGGGGGAGAGGACAUGAAGUCAGACCAGUCAGACCAGAGGAACCAGAAGGACAAGUCAGGGUCAUAUUACAGGCCUCUACUGGAGAAGUACCAGGAUGUGAUAGACGUCUAUAAUGCUGUCAACAUCUUCAGAGUCCAGAUGAUCAACGAGAAGGCUCUCUUCACCUCCAGUUGGUUUCCCACUGGUGACGGGGAGGAAGUGGAGGACCAACCCAUCCUUGUGUGGUCUGUGGAGUCUGGAUCUGACGUUAGGGUGAAGCUGUAGCAGUGCAUCUGUAUAAUGCAGGAAGCUGUGUGGGUGUGGGUGUGUGUUUUCACGCUGGACUGUUCCUCUUGUCAGACAUAUUCCAAUAUUCCACUUUUAAGUUUCAAACUUCCCCCAAACAACUACUGUUUAAACUGUAUUAAUGCAAUAACUCAAUGAAUGCACAAAUCUAAUAAUUGUCAACAAAGGGGCUAAAAUGAAAUAAAAAAUGUUUAGGUAAUAAAAACAGAAUGAAACAA